AGCCCUCUCCAAGGGAAAUUUCCCUCUGUUCAUGUACAGUGCUCUAAAAAAGAAAGUUUAGACUUUCCUGAAACAUUAUAUGCAUGAAAUUUGACUCACAAACCAUUAGCCAAUACUUAUUCUUUGGAAUGUGUGUAAACGUGAUCAUUCAGAGUAGGCCGACAGCUGGCAUCAAGGAAAGGUCUUUAUACCACAGCUGCAAGGAUUACGCAGUCUUUGAUUACCAGUCUUGAAAUCGCUGGAUGAUGGCUGGUGAACGUUAUCUGACAAGUUUUCGUCUCUCAUUCAUCGUGUUUGCCACAUUGGUAUCGUUGACGUUGGGAUUUUUCGGCCAGAAACCACGUGUAAAGGGUGAACGCAUAAUUAUAGUCGAGGUUGAAGCAGAUGACACCGCUCGUCUCAAGCCGACGUUACAAAGCUUCAAGAAAAAAUGGAAAGUUUUUUGGUACAAGAACAACACGCUCAUCCGAAACCGAAAAAAUAGCAAGAAAUAUCGAUUUAAAAAUCACUUGCUAAGAAUCAAGCACGUCAGUAAAGACGAUGCUGGCUUGUAUAAAUGUGUCAUCAUAAAUAAAUUUGGGAGAGCUAGCCAAUUGUUCAAUCUUACUGUUGGCGGUGAACCACCAGAAAUCAAGGGACAGGGUCCUCCUUGGUUCCCAAAGGCCCCACCUAACGAACAGUUCAUUGCAUGGCCAGCAUCAAAUGACCUAAAACUCCGAUGUCCCGCCGACGGUGAACGCCCACUCAGAUACAAAUGGUAUAAAGAUGGAAAGCCGCUGCAACAUCGACUGUUAGAUCCCAGCUUCAAUAGUACAAGAUGGUAUUUGAGAAUAAAAAUGUCCGUACUUUCUGACAACGGUUUAUACACGUGUCUUGUGACAAACAAGCUUGGGAAUGCAAGUCGGAAAUUCAAAGUGCAAAUUCUUGAAAAAGCACAGGUCGCUCCUAUAUUAUCAGAUCAGUAUCCUAAGAAUUAUACAAAAAAGAUUGGAUCAAAUGUAACAUUUCAGUGCAUUGAGCUCGUCAGUCCAAUUCUAACUGACCACAGAUGGUUGUUUUGGAAAGGUGGUAGCUAUUCCAAUUUGCAAAUGCUAAAGGACAUUUCCUCGUUUAAUUCAACGUACUUCAAGAUGAUAAGCCCGCUUCAGUACCAGUCGUUUAAGGUUAAAAAUGCGCCUAGCAAAUAUGGUGGAAGAGUAUUGCUUACCAACGUUACGAAGAAAGAUCAGGGAUGGUACACAUGUUUGAUCAGUAACAACAAAGGCAGGGGGUGGCGAUCUGCACAUUUGACCGUGCUCACUGAGAAGGAAUGGGAUGAUAAGUUUGUUGUGAAAAGAAAUCCUACAACUGCACCAGCAAAGACAAGCAAUUCCAAUGCGAUAGGAGAGAGCAGUAUUAUAACAAUUUCAGUGCUUGCUGUUUGCACCUUAAUCACUUUCAUCAGUGUCAGCAUUGGCAUCGUAUUUUACAAGCGGAAACUAUCGAAGAAAGUUUUUGAGAAGGUGUUGUAUUCGCGUGGUUUUGAUUUGUCCAAGGAAAGCUCUAGUGUUUUCGUCGGUCAGCAAGAUUCGGUGAAAGUGUUUGGUCUGAAGAGGAACGGGCGAUUGGAGCAGUGAUUGCUGUUUGCAUAUUAAGCUCAGUUGUAAUUGUUGUAAUGUGGUUUUUAAUUGUCCAAGAAAGGCUCUGGUGUUUUCGUCGGUCAGCAAGAUUCGGUGAUGUUGUUUUGCCUGAGAAGGAACCGAAGGUUAAAAGUCGAGUAGUUCUACCAGAAUAGUAGCACCAAAGUAGAUUAUUAUCUAAUAUUAACGCAUAUUUGAAGGAAGGUAAAGCUGCAUGAUCUUUUUUAACUUUUUAAAGAAUCUACCUUGUUGUGUAAUAAAUAUAUCUUAAUACUGUAAUGAUUGUAUAAGUAUACUUUACAUCUCUUAGGAUGACAUCAACGGAAAAUUUCUUUACUCGAAA